UGAAAAAUGAUCAUCUGCCGAUGCAAGUCGCUCCUUCUUGCGAAACGUCAGAAGCAAGUUUUUCCACCAGGUCCCAAAAAACGUUUCACCUAACAGGAAGUUUUUCGGCCUUCAGCAAUACAUGGCUAAUUUAAAAGAAAAUGUCGUUUUGCUCUGGCCGUAGCCAAUGCUGCCUGCAAUUACCAUCAGCUUAGUGUCACCGGCUCAUUCUUAAGCAGGCCAAUCCGCUAACGUACCUGAACCGACAUUAUCAUCCCCUAACCAGAUUACAACUAAAUUCGACCGCAUUUAGGCACAGACAACCGUAAAAAAUCGCAACACUUACAUUAUAAAACAACACACAAAUCCUAGUGUGCCCGGGGUCGCUAACAGCUACCCCAGAAAGUCACCCUAUUCAUUCAGCCCCCGAAAUAUCCAUUUCAUUCAAUAAUGGAACGAUACAAAAGAGGGUUAUGGUAUUGUUAAGAUUAUGAGAUACCCCCACUUCACACAAGGACUGCCCACCGAACUGAGGGUGAGCCAAAUAUGAAAAGUGUUCUUUAAACUUUUAUUUGCUUAAGAGUGGUCAAGUGUUACGGUGUCGAAAAAUGUAUAUCAAGAACGACUUCUGUGCCUACAAGUUAAAGGGGGAAGAGAACAAAUGUGCCCGGAUAUUUCGGCCUUGGGAUAGUGAAGUUGAGGAUUGUCCGAAUGUUGCUCAAGAUUCCACCGUGUCCACCACCACCAAAGACGAAGAAGUCACGGGAAAAUGUGCUGCCGAACUGGAAAAAGCACCGUUGGAAAUUCGUUGCUUUGAUCCCGCCCAAUCAACCUCCAAAACCCUCCAACAUGCAACCAGUGAAGGUUCCUUUCUAACCUUACCGGCCGGAGCUCAGGAAAACUUCCUGGCAACCACGCCGCUGGCUCUGGAUUACCUGCAGGAGCAAUUUCCGCCUCUAAACGCGGAUUUCAUCCAGGCGAACCUCGCUCAACACCUGGGCCUUCCUGCAAACGACCCCCUUCUGCUGGAGUCUUUCGCUCAAGGAUACGCGCUGGAAGAAUAUGCGAGAGUUCUGAGUCAGGAGCAGCAAACGAAACUGCUGGCGUCCAAGAAGCAACGCCCCAAAAAGUACAAGUGUCCACACUGCGAUGUGGGAUUUUCCAAUAAUGGCCAAUUGAAAGGACACGUCAGGAUACAUACAGGCGAACGCCCGUUCAAAUGUGAUGAAAAGGAAUGCGGGAAAACGUUCACGCGGAAUGAAGAGCUGACCAGACACAAGAGAAUUCACUCGGGCCUCAGACCGUAUCCAUGCAGCCACUGUGGAAAGCGCUUCGGAAGAAAGGAUCAUCUGAAGAAACACUCUCGAACCCAUUUUCAACCUAGAGGUUUGUACGCGGUUCCGGUCGUUUUACCCUUUGAGGCGUGGGCCUCAGGCCAGGCCAAUGGAUAUCCAUUUUUUCCUGUGAUGUACUAAA